CUGAAGCAGGUCUCUUGUCUGGAGAAUGUCGGACUCUGAACACCACGAUAACAAAGUAGACGGUCUCCUUACCCAGCCUUCUCUCUACUGGUCAAAAACGUACCUGUCUAGCAGGAGAAUUAAAUACGUACUGAUAGUCAGUGUGGCGAUAGGGCAGGUUAUCAGCUGUUGGUCAGGUACAGAAACACAUGGAGAUAGAAAGAGAGCAUGUGACAAUCUGGACCAGAGUCCGUUGUCUCAGUAUUCACACACUCCCCUCGUCGUCACGAUGUUGGUGCUGUUGCUGUCCGCUGUAGUUGCUGUGAGUGUAGGAACGCCGCUGUCCCUCCAGGACAGUACUCCCCAAGCGUUCACGGUCAACCUUGACCUCGCCCCUGCUCAGCGGUGGGGACAUGUGGUCAUCAAAUUUUCUAAACUGGCGAAAGAUGCACACAAGGUCAUAGCAUCCCUCGUCCCUGAAGACGCCAUCCCCCUGGUGGAGGAGAUUGGCAGUGAACUGGACAGUUACCUCCCCUUGGAGUAUGCUGAUGAGAUGAGAGGCAUCGCGACUGCUAUGAACGCCAGUCUCGGGGACAUCGUGCUCGUCAACCUCGCAUACGACAUCACAGCAUUUUGCACGAGUAUCGUCUGCCAGGACAGCAAGGGUCAGAUCUGGCACGCGAGGAACCUGGACUACAGCUAUGGCGAUAUCCUCCGUUCCAUAACCAUCAAGGUGGACUUUCAGAAGGGGGGCCAGACGGUGUACACCGGCGUCACUUUCGCUGGCUACGUGGGCCUCCUGACCGGACAGCGGCCUCAGGCCUUCACCGUUACCGUGGACGAGAGGGAUCAGGGCCAGUGGUGGAUGAACCUACUGAUCGCCAUCUUGGACCAGACAGCCAAGCCCCUCAGCUUGCUCGUCAGGGACGUCUUAGCCACCUCACCGACAUAUGCUGACGCCGUGGAAGUCCUCUCCAGCACCGACACCGAGGCCGACGCCUACUUCAUUGUAGGGGGCGCCAAGAGCGGGGAGGGCGUGGUCAUCACCAAGUCGAGGAUCGGAGCAGACGACCUGUGGUACAUGAACGAAGCAGCUCCUGGAUGGUUCGUUGUAGAGACGAACUACGAUCACUGGGUUCUUCCACCUACAGAUGACAACAGACGUGACCCCGCAGUGAACGCCAUGAAGGCUAUGGGCCAGGGCAACAUCAGCGUCACCAGCCUCUACAACGUCAUCUCCACCCAUCCCGUCCUCAACAAUAAAACCGUCUACAGCAUCGUCAUGUCUGCAGCCCAGCCUACCGCCCUGGCCUCCUGGAUCAGGACCCCUUAAGCCCCCAGUCCCCGCCCUUGCAACGCCCACUCUCAGACAACACAUUUCCACCGCUACAUAGAGCUACAUAAUGAAGUGGGGAUCUUUAAGAGAUCGUUACAUUCGUAUGUGCAUCCACAUAACUUUUCGAACCUCGUUUCGGAAAAUCAGUACGACAAACGCACUCAUGUGAACAUCGUUAUAAAUUCAUGUUUAUAUGAUUCAAACAAUAAAAAAGAAUUUUAUUUUCUAUCUGUA